CUUACAACGAACCUACUUUGAUCGCAUAUAUUAUGUAUCAGUCGAGGGCAUAUACUGCUAGUACACAAGUUUCAUUUUUAAAGUUUCAUCAUGAGCGUUACCUUUAAAAAAUAAAAGUACUUUUGAAUUCAUAUCAAAAUGUCUUCUAGUGUAGAAAUAAAUGAAUUCUUCAAGUUCCUGCAAUCAUUAGGAACCACAUCUCUGGUGGAAUGGAUAAUGCGUGUGUUGACUAUUUCCCAGGCAAUAUUUCAAACAGGAUGGCCUGAAAACUACGAGAUAUCGGAUUGUGAGAAGUUUGACUUCAUUGUGGUCGGGAGUGGGUCGGCGGGCAGUGUGGUAGCGGCUCGGCUUUCAGAAAUACCAAAGUUAAAAGUGCUGCUUAUCGAGGCUGGAGGCGACCCGCCGCCAACCAGUGUGCUUCCUGGUCUCAGCUCAACUUUGCCAGGUUCUGAAUAUGACUGGAAUUACACAGCUGUCUUCGACGAGGGUGUAGGCCAGGCCCAUCAGGGUGGUUCCAUGAGCUACCCUCGGGGUAAACUACUCGGUGGUUGUUCCUCUAUCAACAGCAUGAUCUACUCACGAGGAGUACCCGAAGAUUAUGAGAACUGGAAUCGUAUAGCACCCGGUUGGGACUGGAAGACAGUAUUGCAUUAUUUCAAGAAGUUAGAAAACAUGGAAGAUCCAGUCAUUUUUGAGCAUCCAGAAAAUGCCAGGCUCCAUUCAACAACUGGACCUGUUAAAGUCUCCAGACCACCAACUUUGCCGUCAACUAAAGCUAUAGAUGACUCCAGGUUACAAUCUUACGAAGAAAUGGGUAUUCCGCGAGUUUUGGAGACUAAUGGGCCAGAAAUUCUUGGAGCUGCUCGACCACAUUUUAAUAUGUAUGGUGGUAGGCGAUCGAGUACAGCAGAAUCAUACCUAAGGCCAGCAAAAGACAGACCUAAUCUGAAAGUGGCCAAGUAUUCCACAGUCACUAAAGUAUUAAUUGAUUCUAGUACUUUGCGUGCGUAUGGUGUACAGGUGUAUACAUCUAGUAAGAAAUACAUCAACGUAUACGCUACUGAAGAGGUUAUUGUGUCUGCUGGUACAUUCAAUAGUCCGAAAAUUCUCUUACAGUCAGGAAUAGGACCUGGAGAGGAAUUAUCGAAGUUACGGAUAAAGACAUUAGUAGAUCUGCCAGUUGGUAAAAAUUUACACGAUCACCAGACUAUACGGUUGCAUUAUAAAGGCAAAAGCGGAUUAGAGACAGCGCUCCAAAAUAUUGUAACCGCUUUCCAAAUUGAUACAAUUCCUGAUCCAGUCCAAUGUGGAGCCAUCAGAAUUAAUGGUAGUGAGUUUGAGUAUCCUUCUAAAUUACAACCACAAUUUCAAUUUUUCAACUCUUACCUCGGAGCUGGUGAUCCUGAUAAAUUAGUAAGUGGAUGUAGUUUAGAAAAAGAUUAUUGUCUUGCAUUAGGUUCCGCCAAUAUUAAUAAUGAAAUAGAUACCGUUAUAUUUGUCCUCCUACACCCACUGUCGAGAGGACAAGUUAAACUACGUAGUACAGAUCCCCUGGAUGAUCCUAUUAUUGAAUUGGGGUAUUUUAGAAGCAAUUAUGAUUUAAAAAUCAUUACCGAGGGAGUGAAAUACAUGAAUACUUUGAUAAACACUACAUACUUCAGGGAGGUCAAGGGAAGUAUUCCCAGAUUAACUGUGACUGCGUGUGAACAUAUAGAAUGGGGUUCGGAUGAAUUUUGGGAAUGUUAUGUGAAGAACACUGUAGUGUCGAUACAGCACGCUGUUGGUACAUGUUGGAUGGGACAGGAUGGUGUUGUGGACGAGAGAUUGAGGGUACACAAUGUAACUAGUCUGAGAGUAGUGGAUGCGUCUGUUAUUCCACUUAUACCGAGCGGCAAUACUAACGCUCCAACUAUGAUGAUAGGUGAGAAAGCUGCAGAUAUGAUCAAGGAAGACUUUCAUAAACGCAAAAAAGAAAAUAACAAAGUUUGUCCCUGAGUAAUCAUAGUUAGUAUAAUUUGUUGAAGGGAUUUUGAUUGAUAAAAUAUUUUUUUUCUCAGUGUGCUAGUGAAUUAAUUUAAACUUACAAUAAGAUCACUUAUUGUUUGUUUGAAUUUGUUUCAGUUCAAGCAUCAAGUAUCUAGUUUGCAUACCACUUUAAUAUGGGGACAUUACACUAAACUAUGAAUUAAUUGUUUCAUGUAUCUAUUUACGGAUUUGUAAAUCUUUUAUGUGCAAAAAUAAAAACAACCACCAUAUAAUUACGAUAAGUUUAAUAACAAAUCCUUACAUGACCAUAACAUACUUACAUACAAACAAACAAAUAUAAUUUACAAAAAUGUUUACAAUGUUUACAUCUAUACUUAUAUAAUAGCCUGUCCUGACUGACUGACUGACUGACUGAUUCAAUAUCGCCGAGCGUAAACUAUAAAUGACACGAACAUGAAAUUAGGAUUGUAUACUCAUUUUGUUAUGUAGGCACCGACUAAGAAAGAUUUUUUAAAAUCUGCCCCUUCGCGGAGAACCUACCGGCUCGACGUGCAGGAGAAAGAACGGGGUGGUUUU